AUGGCUGACUCUGGGCCUAGUAAAAGCGAUAUUGAAGCAAUAUUUCAAAGAUUACGUUCGAUUCCUGCGAAUAAAGUAUGUUUCGACUGCAAUGCGAAGAACCCUACGUGGUCGUCGGUGACGUACGGGGUGUUCAUCUGCCUGGACUGCUCGGCGGUGCACCGCAGCCUCGGCGUGCAUCUCACAUUCGUGCGAUCCACGCAGCUCGACACCAACUGGACGUGGAAGCAGUUGAGGAACAUGCAACUCGGCGGCAACGUUAACGCGACCCAGUUCUUCCGCUCGCAUGGAUUAGCCACAGAGGACGCAAGACAAAAGUAUAACUCUCGAGUUGCACAGUUGUACCGAGACAAGCUGAGUGCUAUGUCAGAGCAAGCUAUGAAGACUUAUGGAACUAAGUUGCAUCUGGAUCCAGCCCCGGUGGAAACAAAGGAGCCUAAGGAGAAAGAGGUAGACUGGUUUGCGGAGAAUGCCAGCCUAUCUGACACUAACGCUAAUGACAUUGCACCGCAGGAGCCCAGCACAGGGCAGGCAGUCAACAACUCAAGCUCACUAAGUUCGGCGGCGCGCCUGUGGGGGUCAGCACCACAGAAGACUGCACCAGCUCGCCGCUCGGGGCUGGGCGCACGUAAAGGAGGCCUGGGAGCUGUGAAGGUAGCCUCGAACUUUGAUGAGAUUGAGCGAGAGGCGUUGAUGGCUGAGAAACUUAAAUUGGAGGCUUCGGCGGCGGAGUCCGAGGCGACGAAGCAGAGCCGGGAGACGGAGCUGGCGGCGCUGCAGAGCCUGGGCGCCGAGCUGGCGUCGCUGCGGCUGGCGGGCGCCGAGCGCCUGGGGCUCGCCGGCCGGGGCUCCGGCCGCGCCGCCGCCGCGUCAGUACCCUACAUCUGCACCAUAUGCGAUACUCGACGGGGCGUGUCGCACUCGGCGGCGCGCGCCAUGACAGACAUCGCGCAGGAGGGCGUGGCGCCGCGCGCCGCCGAGCUGGACGACUUCGGCUCCUUCAUGAUCAGGAACGAGCCGUACGGCAGCGGGGACCGGCUGGGCGGGCUGCUGGCGGAGCCCCCGCGCGAGGACGACUGGGAGAGCAUCGAGCCCGAGCCCGCGCGGCCCGUGCGCGGCAUGCUGGCCGAGCGCCCCGCCCCCGCGCCCGCCCCGGCGCCCGCCCCCGCCCCCGCCCGCGCGCGCCCCUCGCGCCGCGCCGAGCCCGAGGACGACUCCGCCGUCAAGAAGUUCGGCUCGGCCAAGUCCAUCAGCUCCUCGCAGUUCUUCGGCGAGCAGGAGCCGCGCUGGGGCGGGCACGAGAGCAGCCUGUCGCGCUUCUCGGGCAGCAGCAGCAUCUCGUCCGCCGAGCUGUUCGGCGAGCCGCCGCAGCGCGCGCCCGCCUUCGCGUCCGCGCCCGACCUGCACGAGGUGCGCGAGUCGGUGCGCGCGGGCGUGACCCGCGUGGCGGGGCGGCUGUCGUCGCUGGCCAACGGCGUGGUGUCGUCCAUCCAGGAGCACUACGGGUACUGACCGCCGCGACCCACGUCCGUCUGCACCUGGGUUCUCUUUUAUAAACUACUAACUCGAAGAUAUUUGCAGCGAAACCUGAAGUUUGCAACUUGGCGGAAGUUUGCCGUCAAUUUUUAUAUUUAACAAGUAGUAGUAAAUGAGAAGUUGCUAGUUGUUGAACUUCCCAGUUGGACCUCGGGUAUAUGCUCCGAAUCAUUCUAGGAAAAAAGGCGUUGGACCAGACGCUGUCCGCUAAUAUCUCGAGUUAAACUAAAUUGUAUCGAUUUCAUUAUUACUUAUUUUGUACCAACUGAAGAAAAGUUUUAAAAUCUAAUUUUGUUGCAUCCAAAUAACCACUGAAAAAUUAAAAUGACGCCCGCAGGCCGUGAUGCUCAGGACGACAAUGAUUGUGUCCAUUUUUCUAUAAUUAGAGCUUUUUAAUUUUAUAUCCAAUUUUAUAUUAUUACUAUUAUUAUGGUCUUGUAUGACAAGGAAGGGGAUAUGUUGAAAUUAAAAUAAGUAAAUCAUAGUGUAAUAGAUGUUUAAAUAUAUAAAAAUAUAGUUCCAAUUGUGUUAGCGGAGAGUUGUACAUAAUGUAUUAUAUACCUAACGUAGAAGUUCUGUAGCUAUUGUACAGUCCUUGUAUACAGCGGCUCAGCGCUUACGUAUGUUCCGUAUAACAUACACGCAGUCGCCAUGUAAACAGGUUCAUUUAAUAUUCAAGUUUCCAGAUGCAGUUCACUUACUUUGUAUGUGAAUAUGUUACACAUUCAAUUGUUUACCGGAUUUGUUUUAAUAAUUAUGAAUACAAAUUAAAGCUAAA